AAAAUAGCAGAACAUAGUAAAGCAGAUAUUUUAAACAUUCCCUAAAAUUUCGUUCAAAAAAGAUGAUCAACCGAUAAAUUUAGUAUUUUUCUAAACUGCUUCACGAUGGGUUUUGUGCAACGAGCACUUUUCACCUGGUUCAUCUUGCUAGUGUUUUUGAUAUUGCUCUGCCUUCGACUAGAGAGCCGAAUCAACUGGAACUGGUUUAUCGUAUUCAUUCCGCUGUGGCUGUACGAUACCAUUCUGGUGACCUGGGUGGUGAUUGAAAUCAUCCAGCGACAACACGCAAACCGACUGAUUUCGUUCCGUCACUACGAAUACUACGUAGCCGGAAUCCUGCUGAAGAUUGUUUCGCAGAUUGCUAUCUGCCUCAAGCUGGAGUACAACUCUAUCCCACUGUACGCUAUGAUGAUUCCCAUCUGGUGCCUACUAGCGAUGCUGAUCGUGUACAUGGCCACCAAUCUGCAACCGAAGCCCCGUUCUAUCGCCUCGAAUAAAAGCAACCGCCAGGCGGCGACUGCCUCAUCCUAGGGAUACGUUCGGGUGAAACUAUGUGUUUCGCCCCGUUCGCCGUGAAGGUCUUCUGACAAAUCUCGUUUCGGAUAAUGGCACAAGGUUAGUAAGUUAAAUUUCAUCAACAUGUAGCUAUUAGUUUGCAAAUUUGGACAUUUUGACUCAAAUUAGAAAGCGGUCUCGAAAGCAUUAAAUGACUUUGAUUAAGUCAAAUUCAUUCGGUAAUUUAUAAGCAACUAUCGAUAAUUGUCGUUGAAAAUCAACGAUUAGAAGUUAAGGAAAUAAGAGAAUAAAUUAUAGGAAGGCUAAAAGGCUUA